AAUAAAUUUACGGCUAGGUUCCAUCGCUAGAGAUACCUUCGACAGAUGCUCUUAGAUAUAUUUCUCUAUUCAGCGUCUAUAAAAUAAUAUCCUCCGCUGAGUAACUGUCAUGUAUCCCAGAAUCGAUAGUGACCCAGCUGAUACGAUGUUAAUCUAUGAUGUAUGGUAUCCGCACAAUGGUUUUCCCAGCAGGCAGGAUCAUUUUCUUUAUUGACAUAACCACCUACACGCGCACUUCCUCGCAUCAAAAUCUACCAAAACCAACACCAUGGCCUCCACCCGAGAGGACCCAACGCUGGAAGAACCCUUCUGGAAUGAUGAGAUGAAGGAGCAGUGUGACCAGGCCAAAUCGUUCUGGAAACUGUGGAUCGGGAGACAGUGUGGAAAGUGCUUAAGAUUCCACCUGACGGAGGAAGAAAUCGAGAUUCUGAAGGAGCAUCAAGAGAACUUUGAAGACUCAAGAACGCUUUUCUCCGGAGUCCACAAACUCCUCGCCGUCGACAUCGCAAACCGCACCGAGUACUACGAAACCUGCAGAAUACGCUCGAAAUGGGGCGAGAUGCACGAGGUGGCCUUGUUCACCAUGGACGUCAAGAAGAAAUACCGGCACGCCACAGGAAAAAGGAGGAAGGCGCUUUGGGAGUACCAGUGCAAGACCGAGCAGCUGAGCGUGGAGAUGGACGAUAUUGCUGAGAUAAAGUGCAUGAUAGACGCGUAAGUUCCAUGCUGCAUCGAUGGGCUUGUUUUGGGAUUCCAACUCUUUUGAAGACUGGCAGUGGAUGUGGCGAAAGGAGGUGCGCCCGCCGAAGGGGAAUGCGCGAAGAAUGACAUGCCCGAGAAGAGAGGAGUAGUACAGAACUGAAACACAUGUAUAUCCAUUUACCUACACAAAAAUACUACACACAAUACGGCCG